GCCAGCGACUCGUUAGUACCAAUGAAGCACAAAUAGCGGAGUGCCUCCGUUUCCAACCCGCGGUCUGAAAGGUCUAAAUUUCGAGGAUCUCUCUGACGCUUUGCACGCCCAAAAGAAAAAAUCUUUUGCCAUACACAAACAUGAGGGACUUGCAAACAAGCGGAAUGGGAGUCGGAUUCGUGAACAAAUCUCUCACUGAGACCACCGUGGUCACGAAGAAACUUGACACUCCGAAGGCGAGUCUUGCUGAGAUUGAAAUUCUUGUGUGCUUCACGGCCUUGCUGCUAAUCUUUCUCACCAUCUUCGGCUCAUCGAGGCGUUGGCACACAAAGUUCAAGAUGGUGUUGUGGGCAGCGUGCACCCUCUCGAGCCACCUCAUCACCUACACGCUUGGUCUGAUGACCGAAGGGUCUAUCCAAAAUGAACUGUUCCCGGUUUGGGCCACUUUCUUGAUGAUCUUCUUUGGGUGCUCGGACUCCUUCUCUGCCUACAGACUCGAGGACAACGAGCAGUGGAGGAACUAUACUUGGCAAUAUUUGAUCAAGAACUUCGGGUUGGUCACGUUGGUGAUCGUGUACGCUAGCACUUCGCCUAUGCUGUUGGGGGUCUCGUAUCUACUUUUAAUGGGGCAGUUAAAGGUCGGUGAAAGAGCACUGUCUCUCAUGACUGCGAGCGUGUAUGGCCUACAGAGAACCACCAAAUUGAUCGCCGACUACAUGAGCUCUGAGCACAAGUUAUAUCCGCAUGAGCCAGACCCUAUCCAGAUGAAAGGAUACAAGUAUGUUGUGAGAGGGGAAGAGAAAAGAUGGGUAAACGGUGUUGAAGUAAUAUUCAAGAUGUGGAAAGCUCUAGCAAAAAUGGAAGGGCCGAACUACCGCAAGAAGUUGAAAGAGAGAAAAGCUGUAGCACAAAUGGAAGCGCUGAACUACCGCAAGUCAUUGGAGAUCACGGAUGAAGUGAUCACGGUCGAAAAGGUGUGGGCAUGCGAAGGAUCACUUUUGAGCUCGACAGACGGGGACAAAGAUUGCAAGCUCAAGGACAUUUGUCUCUCGUUUUCGCUCUAUAAGCUUCUCUCCUUAAGAUUUUGCAGCUAUUCAAUGCCCAAAGAAGCUCACAAAAAGGUAAGGAAGUUGAUUCAGCACAUGCUUGAGGGAGAAAAUGAUUACGAGCGCGCAUUUAGGGUCACUGAGCGAGAGCUUUCCUUUCUUUAUGAUUUGUUCUACACCAACUAUGGGAUCAUCUUCUACCCAGGCCGUUUGUUCCUUAAGGUGAUGGAGCUCUUUCUAUUGAUCGUUGGUUCACUGUUGACAAUUGGACUUAGUUUCUUGUGCUACUACAAGAUAAGACCCCAAGAUGAAGUUCAACUGGCUACUUCAGGCGGGUUGAGCAUCGACCUUCUCAUGACGUCGGUAAUUCUUAUGGUAUUCAUAUGUUUGGAGUUUCUGCAGCUUUUCUUCAUGGCAACCUCGGAGUGGGCAAAAGUAUUAUUGCUAUGCAAGUACGUACGAAAAAAAUCAUGGCAACUGGACAAACGGAUAGAGAAGCGGAUAGCACGACUAUGCCGGACGCAAUUAUGGAAACCUUGGGCAAGGAAACUUCGCCAAUACUCGCUUCUUGAGUCGUACGGUUACACCCCUCCGAGGUGGCUAUACAAUCGCUUCACAGCUGCUUAUAUCGAUUACAUAAGGGACGGUCAAAAGCAAAGUGUGCCCGCCAAAUUGUGUUUGGAAGUUAAAAAAGCCGUUUUUGAUUCUUUAGUUUCAAAUUUCAGUGAAUCGAAGAAUGGAGAAGCCUGUUCAGUUGGAUUGAAGAAUGGAGAAGCUUCUUUGAAACUAAACGAUGAGGUGAAUAAGCUCUCGUGGGCGUGUCGCCUUGAGACGCAGACUCAAGUCAUAUUUGUGUGGCAUAUUGCCACAAGUAUUUGCGAGCACGAGGUGCCAAUUUCAGAAUCGGACUUUCUCGUGGCCACGAGCUUAUCCAAAUAUCUUGCUUACUUGGUAGCGUUCUCUCCAAGAUUGUUACCUGAUCACCCUUACGACGCGGAGUAUGUCUUCAACCAAAUCAUUCUCGAAUCAAGGAACUUGCUCGAAGGGUGCAACACUGGAGGAGAAAGAAUUAGAAAAUUGAAGGAGAUUGGUAGGACAAGGAAUAAUACUGGUAGAGUGCUAAACCAGGGUGCUCGGUUAGGGCAGCAAUUGCUGGAAGAACUAAAAGAUCCGAAAUUCAUCUGGAAGGUAUUGGCUAAAUUUUGGGCGGAACUCAUGGUGUAUGUGGCUCCAUCAGACGAUGCUAAAGCUCACGCAGAGCACUUGGCGACUGGUGGGGAGUUCGUGACCCACUUGUGGGCUUUGGUCUCCCAUGCCGGCAUCAAGCGAGACGCUCCUGUUGAGCGGCCUCCUUCAACAGAUGCUGAAGCAGGACCAAUUGGUUGUGAUCUUGUACAUGGACGGGAUGAUAGCGUGUCUCAAUAAGGAUUAGCGGAGCCGAAAGUUUCAGGCACCUGUUAUUAACAAAGUAAGGAGCAAGUGCCUGGUCUAUUAUUUGAGUGGUUUGCUAUGUAACAUUCUAUAGAUAGGUUGGUCCACGCUUUAUGUAUUUGAGAUCAGAUGGGUUGCUAAGCAUGCUUCAUUGGGGGUGAUAAAAGCUUCUUGUGUAUCUUUCCCUCCUGCUGUUCAAUGUUUUAUUUCUUUUACUGUAUCUUUUGUGAGGAUCUGUCAGAACAUUUGG